GGAGGAGGAGGAGGAUGGGUCACUGCUGAUGCUGAUGCGAGAGCCUUUCUUGACUGUGAUCAACAGCGGUGGACUAACUGCAACACGAUGGAGUCUGCCGAUCGAAUCUAAUACCGCGUACUUCGCCACAAAGGGUGCGGACGAUGUGAGACAGGUGCGUGUUUGAGAAGAGGAUAACGGAGGAAUUUUGACGUUUCGUGUCGUCCCCCGUCUGGCCUGUCCUGUCACUGACACAGGUGGAUUAUAUGCCGGAAAGCGGCACCGAAAUGAGGACACAACACUGGACAACCACAGAAGCGACUGUCCGUGUAAAUACAUCUUAAGCGGCGGAGCAGUGACGUUAACGCUCGGUUUGAUUUGACUGGAAAAGGGGAGGGGGUGUUAGCUAGCUAAUAGGCUAAUUUCGCUAGCUAGCCUGUUAGCAGACUCCCCUAACAGGCUAAUGAUACGGGAGAAGUGGGAUGCUCAGAGGAGGAGCUAACCUCGGUUGCUGGUCUUAAUUUAAUUCGAGGAGACACAUUUGGUGAUAUUUUAAGUAACCGCACUGUGAGGAGAGAAUAAACAUUCAUGUUACAGCCGCGGAGGUGGACGUUUCACAGCACACUGGCUUUUCCUCGCCUCGUCAAAUUAACUCGCCGCGGAUGAGAUGGGGAUAAUCGGCUAAGGAAGCUAAUGUUGACAAACACCGGCGACUUAAACUCUUUAAUUUGUGCCGUGUAAAUUUGGAUUAAGUGGCGGAGGUGCCGCCGUCCGUGUUUGUCAGUUCAGUUCUGGGAUUUUAUUUGGAUGAUUUGCCCAACAGUCAGGCUGGAGUGGAGCAUGUUAUUGACGCUGGAUGUGGCGAAGCUCAAACAUUUGACAUCAACCGGGAGUGGAUCUGCCGUGACAGAGAGGGACAUAGUGAGUCACGACUUCAUCUGACUUUUAGUGUUUAGACGUGAUUUUGGACAUGUGGAAGGCAGCCACUGAGGUAAAAAGAACAAAUACAACGUGUUAAUUGGCGUUGGUAGUGUCUCUAUCAGAAAUUAUACAUCAAACUAUACCUUAAUGUUGUCAAGUUUCAGCCUGUUUUAGAAUCAGUGCUUAAAAAUGCCUGUAGUAUUUACACACAUUCAUUUUAAGAUUCCACCAAAAAGGUGUAGUGCCAUUUAACAACAUGGCAUUAAGAGUGAAGCGCUGGGUCUUGACAACAGCCGUGAGAUAAGACAUCAUCAUCAUUUUUCUCAAAAGUUUAUACCAGGGACAGAUGGAGCCGACAGUUCUGUCUGGCCCUUUGGGGCACACUCAGUGGGAGACAGAGCAGACAUUUCCUCUUGGAUUUCACACCCUGGAUUCAGACAACAGAGGUGUUCUCUGUCAAAACAAGAGUGGCCAGACAGGUUUGGAUUUUAGAGACAGUGACCGGGAGCAAACAUCCCAUCAGAGUGAGGAGGCAAAGGUUUCUCAGGACACAGUUGAGUUGGGCAACUUCAUGAAUAUCUCUGAUUUCUCCCAUGGAUUUUUCCAGUUUGACGCUGACCAGCCCACACUUUCUAAAGCUUCUCUCGAUAGUACUCAUCUAGAGGAGUUGUCUUACAUAGAAAAAACUGCUGAACCUGAUGAAAUCAGUGACUGUACCUUAUCGUGGUUAUUUUCUCCCAACCUCACUCCUGUGGUUGAAAAUAACUCUGCCUGUGUGGACCCAGAUUUGACACAGGAUGAACUGUUUCAGGGCUCAAAUGCCACAACUGGUGACGGUGACCUAAUAAGCCUCAGUGAACCUGCCUCACCAUCCAAGAUUUCCGUACAGACUCCCGAGACCAACACGGGGGAUUCUCUUUUGUUGCUGGAUCUCCUUUCUAAUGAACCCACUUGUCUCAACACUGAGUCUUCAGGUGAGUUGGACCCACAGGGUGUCACUGAGGAGCUGUUAGAUCUGUCACAAGUGGAGCAGGCAGGCCUCCCUCCCUCGCAGAGCAGGGACACAUGGUCACCUGAAACCAGAGACAAAGGUUUAUUCCCUGAUCAAGUGACUGACCUGCUUGUAACCAGUAGCACUACUGUGCAAAGUUUGCCUGAGAGCUGCUUCAAAGAAAACCACAUGAGCACACCACUGGAGUGUUACGCAGGAUGUGUGCCUUUGUUGGAUUUUGAGGUUCCAGAUUGUGACAGCAGUCCGAGCCUGUGCCCAGCCAGUCCUGCCUCUGUGGACUCCACAGGUACAUCUUUACAUUUAUCAAAAGAGGAAUCAGAGGUGGAACAAGCAGAGGGUGGUGUCAGUAGAAAUCUGACAUCUGAGCAUCAAGGUGAGAAUGACUCAUUUGCUCUGGUGUUGUCUGCUGAACCCUCAUCCCUGACUGUGUCUCUGGCUGAAGAUGUGUUUAUUCAGGGUGAUCUCAGCAGUGAGUGUUACUCUGUGGAGAAUGCGUCUAAGGAUUUGAUGGAGGACAGAAUUGGUUCAGAAGCAACACAUCAAGAGAAUGAGGCGAUGGCUUUGGAUUUGGGCUUCACUGCUGAUGAGGUCAAUGAAGAGGGAACCUGGGACUUGAAGCCACAGGAGGAUUUAGAAAGUGGAAGUGUUCCUGAUUCAGCAGCUGAACAGAGGGAGGAGGACAGCAGUGUGAUCGACACAAACCAGCGCGAUGGAUCAGACUGUCAUGAAAUAACCUCUUUUGAAUUUUCAGUUCACGACUUAAACAGUUCUCCGCAGGCUGGAUGGACUAGUGAGCAAAAUGUGGAGACACUCUCUCUCUCUAAGAUGGUGGUAGAUGACUCACUGCCAAUGGUUUCAGCAGAGAAUACAAGCGAGGAAGAUGUCUCCCCACUAAAAGCCGUAUUCGACGCUUUAGACCAAGAUGGAGAUGGCUUUGUUCGGAUUGAGGAGUUUAUGGAGUUUGCUGCUGCUUAUGGAGCCGAUCAGGUAAAGGAUCUGACCAAGUUUCUGGAUCCCAGUGGCCUGGGCGUGAUCAGCUUUGAAGACUUCCACCGGGGAAUUUCUGCAAUCAGCAAUGGAGGUCCGGAGCCACAGCUCUACAGUGUGAACUACAGUCCAGGGGAUGGAGCCGUGGGCUGUCCCGAGGAAUACGACGAGCAAAAUGAGGUGACUGACAGCGCGUACCUGGGCUCCGAGAGCACGUACAGUGAGUGCGAGACCUUCACUGAUGAGGACACGGGGGCACUCGUACCCCCCGAGAUGCAUGAGGACGUGGAGACGGACAGCGGCAUUGAAGCCACGCUACACGACCCCGAGGACGGUGGAAACAGGUUUUCCCUGAACUCUGAGCUCCACAACCACUCCCUGGUGACAGUCAUCGGAGGAGAGGAGGAGCACUUUGAGGAUUUUGGUGAAAGUAACACAUCGGAGUUGCUGCUGGAGAGCAGCGUGGAUGGGACGGCGGGGGAGGGCGACUCCCCUCUCGUGCAGCCCCUGGAGCAGGUCAAUGGCUCCUCGCUUCUGUCUCCCAGCACACCUGCUCCUCUCCCUGACCGCUUUCAGAGCUUCCUCAGGGAGGAGGCGCUGGACUUUUUCUGUAGCCAGUGUCACAAACAAAUAAGUCGUCUGGAGGACCUCUCCACUCGUCUCAAUUUCCUAGAGAUGACUAGUGCUGGCAAGAGGCUGUCCAGCAAGAAAGUAGCAAGACAUCUCCUGCAGAACAGCUCGAUGACUCUGGACACCAUGAGCGACCUAACGCGGGACAUCUUGGAGAUGGCUGACAAUGACAUCACGGACAAGGUGCUCCUCCUUGAGCGUCGAGUGGCAGAGCUGGAGAAGGAGUCCGAGGCCUCGGGAGAGCAGCAUUCGCGGCUGCGCCAGGAGAACCUUCACCUGGUGCACCGGGCCAAUGCCCUGGAGGAGCAGCUGAAGGAGCAGGAGGUCCACACGGAUGAACAGCUGCAGCAGGAGACGCGGCGCCACAAAGAGGCCGUGAGCAAACUGGAGAGGGACAGAGGAAUGGAGCUGGAAUACCUGCAGGCCAGGCUGCAGCAGCUGGACGAGGAGAACAGCGAGCUCCGGUCCUGUGUUCCCUGUCUACGAGCAAACAUCGAGAGAUUAGAGGAGGAAAAGAGGAAGCUGCAAGAUGAGACAGAGGCCAUGUGUGACAGGCUAAACGACGAGACGGAGUCCCGCAGGAAGAUGAGUGACAAGCUGAGCCACGAGCGCCACCAAAGCCAGAAGGAGAAGGAGUGCAUGCAGGAGCUCAUUGAAGACCUACGUAAACAGCUUGAGCACCUACAACUGUACAAGUUGGAUGCCGAGUCGAAGAGAGGACGCACACCCGGAGCGGGACUGCAGGAGUAUCAGGCCCGCACACGUGAAGCCGAGCUGGAGCAGGAGAUCAGGCGACUCAAACAGGACAACCGCAGCCUGAAAGAGCAGAACGACGAGUUAAACGGGCAGAUUAUCAACCUGAGCAUCCAGGGAGCCAAGAGCCUGAUGUCGGCCCCUUUCUCAGACUCCCUGGCAGCUGAGAUCAACUCUGUAUCUCGCACAGAGCUCAUGGAGGCGGUCCACAAACAGGAGGAGAUCAACUACAGACUCCAGGACUACAUUGACAAAAUCAUAGUGGCCAUCAUGGAGUCCAACCCCUGCAUUCUCGAGGUCAAAUAGACGCCGUUCAUCCAGGCUGGAGACAUACAUAUACUGGAGAAAACUAACCAGAGACCAUGUAAAAAAAAACAACUAAAAAAUCAAAUCAAAACAUCAACAGCGCACCCAAAAUCUUCCACCAAACACUCCAAACAAACAUGAACUCCGUGGACGUCAGUGAAACAUAAGCUAUAUUCAGUUGGGGAUCCCUCAAGUGUGUUCUUGCUUGUUCGGGUUGUGUGUGUGUGUGUGUGUGUGUGUGUGUGCCCUCCUUAAACACUUGGGUUCUGGUGACUCCCAUGUAUUUGGCCAGAGGAACCUGAGAAUGACUGUGAACAAGUGGUCAGAGUAGAAACAGUGUCAGUGUACGAUUGAGCUGAAACACAACAAUGAUACAGUGAACAGUUGUACCUUAAAAGGCCUUAAAUGAAAGGUGAUUAUUGCAGAGUGUGCUGCGGCUCCUGAUCCAAGCUGAGUUGUGUUUUUAUCCCUUUGAGACAGAUUCGUAUGAAGCUGUGGUCAGGAGUCGUCUUUAAAGAGUUCAAGUCUUGCUGUGCUGCCUCACAGUCCCUAUAAUUACACUGUGCCCUGUUUUUCCCAGUGAACCCAAGUGAGGGACGUUUCUCGGGGGUUUUAAGAAAUGCCCGGAGGGUCAAUUGUGUGUUUGAGCGUUUGUUUGUGUUUUUUUGUUUUUUUUUGCUCUGUGACACUAAAUGACCAAGUGGUUUUUGUCAGAAAUGGUUCAUAAUGUGCUUCAUCUCAUUUAUUUUUACAAUGAAACAGGGUCCCAGAGCUCAGGUGGGCCGGGUUGUAACGGACAAAGUACACUGUAUAUGUACUUUUACCUCGUCGCUCUGUAAACACUUGAAUUAGGCAUGAAGGGAAACUGACGAGCGAUCGUGGGAAAAGCUCGGCCCACCUGACCCCGAGUGUUCUCUCGCUGAGUGAAAGUGACGGAGAGCAAAGCUGAUUCAGGUGAUCAAUGUUUGUUUGUUUGUUUGUUUGUUUGUUUGUUUGCUGCCGGUAACAGUGGAGUUUAUGACUGAAAAAACGCUGACAUUUGGGAGGUUGUUUGUGAAGAAUCAAAUGAUUGGUUGUACUUUGCACUACAUUUUUUUGUUGUUGUUCAUAAAACUGUUUUAUUAUGAAGGGAUCAAAUGUAAAAAAAAAUGGAAUAUAUUUUAAGGCCCCGUAUGAAGAUGAAAGUAUAUCGGAUUUGUUGCUCCAGACUGGUGCGUCGUAGACGUAGCACCCAUAUGUACAGAGAAAAAACAAACACUGUUUCCAUAACAAUGCCAUAUAGCCAUGAGAAGUUUCAUGAGACCACGAGUUUUGAGCUUUUCCUCCCGACUGUUGAUCAGUUUUAUUGUUUUCCAGACCUGAGCUGCAAUAUUGACGACAGGCAGACGUUUGGCAGCAAUAAUGCUUGACAAGAAAGUGGACACUGGCAGGAAGUAGGUCUUUAUUUGCUCUCCUUAAGAAACAUCUGCAUUUUCAAAGACUGAUGCUGUGUACCGGUGCUGUGCAGCCUCAGUACUUUUUGGACACGUCUUUCUGAGGGAAAAUGGACACCAGUUGUUUUUUUGUCAUUUUUCACCCUGUUCACCUUUGAAAUGAUAUAUCUCACUUCUCUUCUUCACUCCAUGGGGAAAAAUGGCCUUGGAUGUAAAUGACUUGUACAUGUAAAAGUUUUUCUACACUCACUCUAGAUUCUAGGUAUUUUUAUAGCGAGGAAAGAAAAAGAUUUCUUUUUCUUGUCUUAUGCUGAGAGAUGGCUGUCAGAUGUAUUCUUCUCGAGCAUGUAGCGUGUACAGUAUCUCUUCUUUUUUCUCUUUUAUUUCUUGUUUUGAAAUCACAUGCAGAUAUUUAUUCGUCAUUCAACACAAACAACUUCACACUUUGGUGAUUCGUUCUGCUGGAAAAUAGAUUUGUACAUUUUUUUGAAUUCCACGAGGGGAGGGAGAGAGAGAGAGAGAGAGAGAGAGAGAGCACGAGUUCACAGUGAGAGAAUUGAUUGAAUGAAGAGACGAAUGUCAACCUGCUCGAAAUGGUCACACUUUUCCACGACGCAGACGCGACCGAGCCUCUUCAGGGUCGUGACCUCAGAUAUGUGGCAGAUUUUUGCAUUUUAUACCGUUGUCUUCCCGGGAGUCAGGUACUGCAUGGAAAUAGAUUAUUAUUAUUAUUGUUCUUCUCUGAUUCAGAUCUUUGGCCUGUUUUGACUGAUAAAUUGAUUGAUUGAUUGAUUGCUUUAAAAUCCAUCAGUUGUGCAUUGUUACACGUAAUAAUGUACAACAAGGAGAACCUCGUAUCCAGGUUUGCUUAUUAGUUCAGUAUCCUGCCUUUUAGUAGAACUGGAAGUUUGCCCCUGAACACAGCAGAUUAGAUUAGAUUAGAGGUAAUCCUCUCCCUGGUCCAUGUUGUUAUUGUCAUCUUUUAGACAUUUAGUUUGAGGACUAACACAUGAGAGAGCACAGAGCUAAACACACCUUCCCUUCUAGCGGGGGCUGAAGGCGAUUGCACUAACCAGAUCCACUUUCAAAAAUGACCAAAGACAAGUGUUAAUAAUACUAAUACUGAUUUUAUCCGUCAGGGUCCAUCAUCACACUUUUCUAGGAGCAUGUUCCUGUUCAAAAAUCACCAAAUUGACUCUCAAAAAGACUCUCAGCGUUCCCUAAACGGAAAAUAAGGAGGAAAGUUGCCUGCUAGUCCAAACACUGUGCCUCUGUGUCUCAAACUUUGCCUCCAACUUACCUGAUGAUGAGCCCUUACAACAGCACUGACCACGUGACUGUCAGUUUGUUUAAAUUAUAACAAUGAAGACUAAACUGUAAAUAUAAAUAAUUGAGUGUACUUUUUCUUUCUUUUCCCUCCUCCUCUCUCUCACGGUCACUUCCGCGGUGUGUCCAAAGAAAGUUUGCUCAAGGCACAGACGUCACUACUCGAGUAGUGCAUGGCUUUGCCCUCGCGUGACAUGGGAAGAUCGAAAGAGAACAUUGUAGAAAAGAGACGUAUAAGAGUUUAAAUUAAUUCCUAUUUUCAGAGAUAAAUGUAUAAAUUAUAAUGGUAUUGUUUACAGCUGUAUAUUAUUUUUUGGAAAAUCCCCUAAUGACCUAAUCAUAAUUGAUAUCUGGGGAAAAUAGAAUUUCAGUCACUGUAAAAAAGAGAACAUUUAAAGGUAAGCGGUGAAAUCAAGAUUAGAAAAAUAAAUGGAAAUAAAAAAGGA